UACGACAAAUAAACAGUAAGGUGUCUUGUCAAGGCACAUUGCUGGAAAAUAUUUUCUAUCGUAAAAAAAUACUUUUCAUCAUGUCUUAUCGUGAUUUGAGGAAUUUCAGCGAGGCAAUGCGAACCCUAGGCUUUCCGAAGCCGAUAUCCCUCGAGAGCUUCAGGACCCCUAACUGGGAGCUGCUGGAGGAGUGCCUGCGCUGGCUGGCGGCGCGCGUGGAGCCGGAUGCCGAGCUCGGCGGCGGCAGGCACUCGGUGGAGCAGCGGGUGGCACUCGUCACCCACGCUAUUGCGCUGUUUCAUUCUCGUGCCAACAUAAAGUUGAACGGCAAGCGCGUGUACGGCGCGGACGGGUGGGCGGUGCGCGAGAUGAUGAAGGUGGCGACACUGCUGCGCGCGGCGCUGGAGUCUCCUGGCACGGAGGAACCGCUGCACGACACUGCACCACUUAGCUAUGACGUCACUAGUCGGUUGGGCGAGAUCAAGCAGGCGCGAGCUUUGGCGACUGAUAUCACUGCACAAGGUGCCUUCCUCUACGAUUUGUUGGCUAAAGAACCCGAGAACAAGGAGCACCGCGAGCAAGCUCUCUCCCGUGCACUGGACAUGUCAGCCAUGGAGGCGAGUCUCCGUCGAGCCCUGGACGCGGUCACCGGCCAGCUGACUGCAGGACGGGAGCAGAUCGACAGCGUGGCCGCCAGCGAGGCCGCGCUCGACGCCAAGCUCGAGAGGAAGAGGGCUGAGCUCAUGAGGGCUGAGAAGAGGCUGCAUACCGUGCAGAAGAUCAAGCCAGCGUACCAGGGCGAGCUUACAGCGCUGGAAGCCGAGAUUGAGCAGCUGUGGGAGCAGUAUGUGCUACGGUACCGCUGCGUCGAGGCACUCAAACACCAGCUUAGUCUACUCGAGACCGCGCAGGCUGAGGCGGCUGAAGAACAACAAGCUGCUAUAAUGCAGCUCAUCCACAAGUACGAAGCUGAAGAUGUUCUCGGCAAACUGAGUGAUUCCGAUGAUAUGGAUUCGAGUGACGAAGAAAAGAAUGCGAGUGAGGUGAAGCAACCCAGACCGGCCACCAGACCUAAGACUAGGUUGAGGAUUAAGACUGCAGGCACUGCAGCAGCCGAGGCUCGUCGCGCGUUCGGCAGCAUGGCAGCACGGGACUCGCUGGACGACAUCCGCGAUGAGGACGACGACCGCUCCGACUCUGACCUCUCCGACCGACAGCUCUACGCCGACCUCUCGCUCUCCAGGAGGGGCGCGCCCAGCACUGAAGGUCGCAUGCUGUCUGCCGCCACUGCGUUUGGUGGUGGUGACGUGGCGUCCCGCUGGUCUCGCGCGCGGCCGCGUCCUGCCACACGCACGCUCGCUGUUACUGAUGACGACGACUUCGCUGAUCUCAUCGAAGGAGUGGAGAGUGGAGAAGGUGGCGACGGAGGUGAUGGUGACUCUCUAGGCAGUUCCUCAGAGAGUGAGCUCCGCGUCACCAGCGCUCGCCCCAGCGCCGCGCCCGGCCGUGCCUCCGCACUCAGCGAUAAUGAGUUCUAAACCUUACGCAUAUAA